AUGACAUACUACAAUUCUUCCCCAUAUGCAGGAACCGUUCAUUUCGAUUUAUCCUAUAUCAAUUAUCAAUUUGAUUGGAAACAAUUUCCCACAAUUUUCGCUACUCUUCCAUGGGUUUACAUGAUUCCAAGUUUUAUAGUCAUUUGUAAAAUACUUUAUGUUUACCUUGAUUCGAAUUGGAAGAAAUCGGAACCGGGGAAAAAUCAACAUGUGUUUCUGAUCAUCUCAUUAUCACAACUUACUUGUUUUGCAUUGUUUUUCUCGGAUUUUUGGAUGACAAGACUUCCAUCAACUGGAAUAUUCACUGCUUGGUGUGCAACUAUUGCUCCAAAUCAUUGGCUAAAACUAAUUUUGUUUUUUGCAUUAUACUUUAAUUAUUUGGCAAUGUCGUUUCCUUUCCUUAUGCCAGUCGUCAGAUUUAUCAUUGUUGCGUUUCCAAAGUCACAUGUCAAGAUCAACACCAACAUUGUUAGAUAUGGAGUUCCAUUGACUAUCAUAUUCCCGAUUUGCUUCACAUUUUACCUGAUUCCUGCAUUGGGUGUUUGCAAACAAAGAGCAGCACCAUAUCCAUUCGGAGCUAUUUGGAUCUAUUAUAUCGAUUCUGCAUUUGGUCUUCGUAAUUCAUUCUUCCAUCUCUACAAUUUGGUAUUCUGGAUGACAGUUUCUGUAAUUGCCAAUCUUCUCCUUUUCUAUCAAGUCCGGCGUGCCAGGUCGAAAUUGAUAAGAGCUCAAACUAGUGGAGCAUCCAAAAAAUCACAUACUUCUAUAACGAUAACAACAUUGGCAAUGAUUGCGUUCUAUGUGACAAAUGGAUCAUUUUUGCUAAUGUACAUAUUCUACUACGGCACCACUUCAUAUUUCUCGUAUGCUGAAAUCAUGCGUCCGUUCGGGAAUGAUCUUCAAACUUGUGUGGUCACUUGGGUCUUCUACUUAACUCAUCCGGCAUUUCAACAAAGAAUCACUUCGUCUGAUUUAAUAUUUUCCACGAGUUCUUCGUUUCGAAGAAGAGCUGAGAAUUCAGUUUUUUAG